GGUUAUGAAUCUUAUGAUAAAUUAGGUCUCACAGUCCAUCUUCUCUCGUUCUUUUCUUUAAUCAGGCAGGAAGAUGGGUGGGUCUGUGAAAGACAUUCAAUCAAAAGAAGAGCUAAAUACAGUAGUUAGUCAUGGGAAACCUGUUAUCCUUCACUUCUGGGCAUCAUGGUGUGAAGCUUCAAAACAGAUGGAUCUAGUUUUUUCUCAUCUUUCUACUGAUCUCCCUCAUGCCCAUUUCUUUAGGGUUGAAGCUGAAGAACAACCAGAGAUAUCUGAGGCUUAUGCAGUUUCUGCGGUGCCUUUCUUUGUAUUCUUUAAGGAUGGUCAGAAAGUUGAUGCCAUGGAAGGUGCGAACCCAUCUAGCUUGGCCAACAAAGUUGCCAAGGUUGCCGGAUCUGUCAACCCUGAUAAUUCUGCAGUUCCUGCGAGUUUAGGAAUGGCUGCUGGGGCCAACAUGUUAGAAACUGUCAAAGAAUUUGCCAAACAAAAUGGUGUUUCACAGAAGGAAACCAUCUCUACAUCUGGCAGCCAUGUUCUAGUCGAAAAGAGGUUGAAACAACUUGUAGAUUCACACCCUAUCAUGCUUUUCAUGAAAGGAAACCCUGAAGAACCCAAAUGUGGCUUCAGCCAGAAAGUUGUUAACAUCCUGAAGGAGGAAGGUGUCAACUUUGGGAGCUUCGAUAUCCUUACAGAUAAUGAUGUUAGGGAAGGUCUGAAAAAGUUGUACAAUUGGCCAACAUUCCCUCAAUUAUUUUGCAAAGGAGAGUUUUUAGGUGGUUGUGACAUCGCUGUUUCUAUGCAUGAGAGUGGCGAAUUAAAGGAAGUCUUCAGAGAUCAUGGAGUUGUUACUACCGAGACCAAGGGGAGUGAACCAGUUGCCUCUUCAGUUUCUGAUUCCUCUACCGGAUUGAGUGUUACUCUUGACUCGCGAAUCAAAAACCUUAUUGAUUCAAGCUCGGUAAUGCUAUUUAUGAAAGGAAAACCGGAAGAACCAAAGUGUGGUUUCAGUCGCAAAGUUGUUGAGAUUCUUCAGCAGGAGAAAGUGAAAUUUCAUAGCUUUGACAUCCUUGACGAUGAUGAAGUACGCCAAGGGCUAAAAGUUUACUCAAACUGGUCCAGCUAUCCUCAACUAUAUAUUAAAGGGGAAUUGAUUGGAGGAUCUGAUAUUGUGUUGGAGAUGCAGAAAAGUGGGGAACUCAAGAAAGUUUUAACCGAGAAAGAUAUCAUCCCAAAAGAGACAUUAGAGGAUAGGCUCAAGAACAUCAUCUCAUCUUCUGAUACUAUGCUAUUCAUGAAAGGUACCCCAGAUGAACCUCGUUGCGGAUUCAGUUCCAAAGUCGUGAAUGCCCUAAAGGAAGAUGGAGUGAACUUUGGGUCCUUCGAUAUCCUAACCAACGAGGAAGUGAGACAAGGACUAAAGACCUACUCAAAUUGGCCCACUUUCCCUCAGCUUUAUUACAAAGGUGAGUUGAUAGGAGGUUGCGAUAUUGUGCUGGAGCUCCAUGGUAGUGGCGAACUUAAGUCCACUCUCUCUGAUUAAGCCAUCUAGUUAUUUACUUCCUAAGCAAGUUACUACAGUAUCUUACAUAUUAAGAAGCACAUUUGAUAUUUCACCUGGUCCAAAGUUAGCAUCACAAAUGGUGUGCUUAUCGGUGACAUUAAACAUGUUUAGUCAGUUUGCUUAUUAUACUUUUCAUUGUUGAUGCUUAUUAUACUUUGCAUUGUCGAUGUUAAAACGUGUUAAAAGGCUUGCUUUCGUAUAAUUUACAUCUACCAUAAGAGUUUUUCUGAUGCAUGUACACAAUGUUUUUAUUAUCUUGAUGCUAGUACUACUUUUCUUUUAAUAAAGUUGGCAGUACUUUGCCGAUUUGUUCUUA